AUGCUCAAGCCCAAUGAGAAUGAGGCCGUUUGGAAUAACAGUGCCACUCACCCACAUGCCACCACAGAUGCCACCACAGAUGCCACCACAGAUGCCACCACAGAUGCCACCACAGAUGCCACCACAGAUGCCACCACAGAUGCCACCACAGAUGCCACCACAGAUGCCACCACAGAUGCCACCACAGAUGCCACCACAGAUGCCACCACAGAUGCCACCACAGAUGCCACCACAGAUGCCACCACAGAUGCCACCACAGAUGCCACCACAGAUGCCACCACAGAGUCAUAG